GCCCGAUGUGGGAGCCCAACGGACUCUAGGGUUUCAGAUUAAACCUCAUAUAAAUUCUCACAACACUGAAUUUCUCUCUCAUCAGUCCUCGAGUUCUAGUUGUUGACCCAAAUUUCAGAGUGCAGAAGCCAUCAAACCGAUCAACGAUGACAUUCAAGAGAAGGAAUGGAGGACGCAACAAGCAUGGGCGUGGACACGUCAACUUCAUUCGCUGCUCAAACUGUGGCAAGUGUUGUCCUAAGGACAAAGCCAUUAAGAGAUUUUUGGUGAGGAACAUAGUUGAGCAAGCUGCUGUAAGAGAUGUUCAGGAAGCAUGUGCUUUUGAUAUGUACACCCUUCCCAAGCUAUAUGUAAAGAUGCAGUACUGUGUUUCCUGUGCCAUUCACUCCAAGGUUGUUAGGGUCCGCUCCCGAACUGAUAGGAGGAACCGUGAACCACCUCAGCGCUUCAGGCGCCCAAGGGAUGAUCUACCAAAACCAGGUCAAGGACCACGUCCUGGUGGAGCACCAGUUGCUGCCCGCACUUAAAAGUGCUCUUUCUGUCUUCUCCAGUAUUAAGUUUUGGAACUUAUUUUUUGCCAAUCAUUUCAAUUUUUUGUUGUUUUGACAUAUAACCAGGUUUGGACUACUGUUGUUUAAUUUGUUGGACUAAGAUCCACGUGAUUAUGUGAUGUCCACACUUCACCACCUCAUUUUCACUACUGUACAAAUUGGAAUAGUAAAAUUUGUUUAUGUCGUCAAUAAUAUUUAGGGUUCCAUUUUAAA